UGUCAAUUUGAAUUUUUUAAUAAAAGCAAAAAUGGCCGGAAUUGGAAUGUGCGAAACUCCCGGCUGUAAAUCUAUUGCACAGCUCCAAUGUCCGACAUGUAUCAAACUCGGGAUUCAAGGUUCAUUCUUCUGCAACCAGGACUGCUUCAAGAAAUCGUGGAAAUCACAUAAAAUCAUCCAUUCUCUAGCGAAAGGUGAGAGUACAGAUGGGUCAGGCGUGGAAUACAAUCCAUGGCCAUCAUACAACUUUACUGGAAAGCUGAGGCCUUUCCCACCAGGGCCCAAACGUAGUGUUCCACCACAUAUAGGCCGCCCGGACUAUGCUGAUCAUCCAACAGGGUUUCCAGCUUCGGAGAAUGCGGCUAAGGGCUCUGGACAGAUCAAGGUGCUGGAUGAUGAAGAGAUAGAAGGAAUGCGAGUUGCUUGUAGACUUGGGAGAGAAGUUUUGGAUGAAGCUGCCAAAGUUUGUGAUGUAGGCGUAACAACAGAUGAGAUAGACAGAGUAGUGCACGAAGCUUGCAUUGAGCGGGAGUGCUACCCGAGUCCUCUGAACUAUCACAACUUCCCCAACAGCUGCUGCACUUCAGUCAAUGAAGUCAUCUGCCAUGGAAUACCUGACUUGCGUCCACUGCAGGAUGGUGACAUAUGCAACGUUGAUGUGACGGUAUACCACAGAGAGUUCCAUGGUGAUUUGAACGAGACUUUCUUUGUUGGUAACGUUCCGGAGUCUUCCCGGAAACUUGUUCAAGUUACAUACGAAUGCUUACAGAAAGCUAUAGAGAUUGUCAAACCUGGUGAGAAGUAUAGGGAAAUUGGGAAUGUCAUACAAAAGCACGCUCAGGCAAAUGGGUUGAGUGUGGUGCGGUCAUAUUGUGGUCAUGGAAUACACAGGCUGUUUCAUACAGCGCCUAAUGUACCGCAUUAUGCAAAGAACAAAGCUGUAGGAGUGAUGAAGCCGGGCCAUUGCUUCACCAUAGAGCCGAUGAUCAACGAGGGCGGCUGGCGCGACGAGCAGUGGCCGGACCACUGGACCGCCGUAACUGCUGAUGGCUCCAGAUCUGCACAGUUUGAACAAACUCUUCUUGUAACGGAGACUGGUUGCGACAUACUCACGAAACGCGCGUCCGGACGGCCUUGGUUCAUGGACCAACUCGAGACUCUACAAUAGUGCUAGCUAUGACUUUUAUACAACACUACAUCCACUGAGAUGCUUUACAAAGAUAUUAUUUAGAAAUUACUACAAAACUAUAUAGAGAAGCCGAUUCAGUUCAACGGGUUGUGAAGCUGAAGUGGCAAUGGGCGAACAUAGUUCGAAAACCCGAUAGACCCCAAGGUUUUUAAGUGCGG